UACACGUGCAGUGCUGUGUUGUGUGUGUGUGGAUGUUUGUUACUGUACGGAUUCAAUUAUGUAUACAUAGAGAUCAUUGGAGGCGAGCGGGAAAUAUACAGAUAAUGUUCGCCAACUUCACCGGUUCUCGAGUGCCCUGAGGCAUCAUGAAAUUCAAGGGCGAAUUGGACUUAGGGCUGAUAGCCUUAUGCGCCUCAUACCUCCUCCUCCCCGCCCUCGCCUGCCCGACGUCUUGCAUCUGCAAGUGGAAAAAUGGCAAGAGAUACGUCGAGUGCACCGAUAAAGAAUUGAAAGCGAUCCCGAGCGCUCUCGACUCCGAAACCCAAGUUCUCGACUUCACCGGUAAUGAUCUCCAAGUUUUGCAAAAAGAAGCGUUUCAUAAGCUGGGGCUUCUCGAUCUACAGAAAAUUUAUUUGCAGCGAUGUCGACUGCAAAAAAUCGAUAACCACGCCUUCAGGGGCUUAGCAAAUUUAGUGGAGCUAGAUUUAUCCAAUAAUUAUAUUACGGCGAUUCCAUCGAGCAAUUUUAUAUUCUUCCCCUCGCUGAUGAGGCUCUCCCUCAACAACAAUCCCAUAACGGCUAUUAAGAUGCAUUGUUUUCAACAUCUGUCCUAUCUGAACACGCUGGAGCUCAGCAACUGUAAGAUCGAGACGAUCGAGACGGAAGCGUUCUCCGGAUUGAUACAUUUAGAGUGGCUGAGGCUCAACGGUAAUAGACUAUCAAAUAUUCAAGGCGAUAAUUUAUUUCCGGAUACGUUGCGCGGAAUCGACCUCCAAAAUAAUAAUUGGAAUUGCGAUUGUUAUUUGAGAGAUUUACAUAACUGGCUUUCGAAUUUCAAUAUGCCACACGCGGUCGAGCCCGUCUGCUCCCUACCUGAACGACUGAAAAAACGAACCAUCAGAAGCGUAAACGAAUUCGACUUAGCCUGCUUGCCGAAACUGACCCCUACGUCUGUGUAUUUAGAAACGAAUAUCGGAAAUAAUGUAACCCUAGAAUGUCUGGUGAAGGCGAUACCCGAGGCCAGAGUUCAAUGGUUAUUUCAAGGACAGCUCAUACGAAAUUAUUCGACGUCUGCUGCGGAACCCCAUCACGUAUUUUUCGUGGAAAGUGGCAUCAUAGAUAAGAAAAGUGAGUUGUACAUAUUCAAUAUAGGGAGCGACGACAACGGCACGUACUCGUGUGUCGCCGAAAAUUCAGCCGGGAGAGUGCGAGCUAACUAUACGAUCAAAAUUCUAGUGAAAGAGGAGCCGGUCGUUAUCGUGGUGACGUUCCCACAUAGACACUUAGUACUUAUAAUCACAGUAGUUUUUCUUAUAAUCGUGUUGUUAAUAGCUAUAAUAGCGGUCGUAUUAUUAAAAUUUAAAACCGACACUAGAAGUAGAAAAAAGAAGGAGAGCGGCAAAGAUGUGGCACUGUGUAAUCAAAUUUUGCCAUCGAGUAGAAGCAACGGAUCGCUACCCAAAAACAAUGGCAGCGUUAUCGUGAAUGCGCAUUCACACCACGCUCUGCAUUACACGGUUCAAUCGAGCCACGAGUAUGAGCCCAGUGAUGCAUACCAAAGCAAUAAUAUGAAAGGCUUCGUCGACAGAAAUCCUGACCUAAUUAGCGAGGCUGAAACAGUCGCUAACAACGCACAUAAUGAGAACACAGCGAUGUCGGUGUACAAAGCGCAAACUACUAGCGAUACUUUCGAGGAAACGGCGUUCACCGCGCCGCCGAUGCAGCGGCAAGUCACUUGGCAGGAUCAACAAAAUUUGAAUAACAUGCCGCCGAUGAGCAUGCCGCCUAAUGCGAUGUACCAACACUCGGCCGACGUUCAUUUGAAUCCCGGCUGCUUUCUAGACAGCGAGGGAUAUCCGUACGACUACGGCCUCCCGAAACAUCCCUGCAGGCCUCCGAUAAUGUCGAAUUACUCGAUCGUAGGCCCGUUCUAUCAAACUCUGCCCCACAACAGACCUAAGGGGCAGAAGCUCUCGUGUAAAUUCGCGAAAGAUAACGAGUUCAACGCUACCCCUCCCCCCUGUGCGAACUUCGAACCUUUUAACGGAACGAACGUGCGGCGCACUCUGGAGGGGUACCCCGUGCAGAGGAAUCGUCAGAUCGCGUUCGUGGGAAACGGGACGGUGUACUACAACGAGGAGUUCGUGCCUUCGCCGCCCGAGGGCUACAAGACGGAGCCGCCCCAGUGCUGCGCUCCGGCGGAGCCCUGCGCGAACUGGAACCCCAAGGGUACCUGCGCCGUGAUGGUGCCGGUGGGCAUCGCCGAGGGGCCGGGCAGGUGCUACCAGGUGGAGACGAGGUGCGUGGACACCCAGACGACCGACGCCCGCAUGCCGGGCGAGGGCACGGAGAGCGUGCUGAAGCCGCUCCCGCAGCUGUCCAGCGCCAAGUGCGCCGCGGAUGUCUGCUCGGAGAGCCCCGACGAGGGGUACGUGGGGGAAGCCAACGAUAUCUGACGACGUCGCCAUACCGACAGCGCGUAAACAGGGCAAUUUAGACGCUAGUAAAGUGAUAAAGCGACUGAAUUUAAAAUAGUAUUUGUAUAUAUUCUGGCAGGUCUCGACUCGGGAGUGUACGGUGCACCAGUAUUAUUACUGGCUAUAUUUCCACGUGCUAUCAAUUAUCUCGUAAAGUAAUGUAAGUUAUACCCAGUACAGUGUUCACUGUACGGUGGUUAGACCGCGUCGUCAUCACUCAAGUGACACUGCCCGUUGUGAGAUGUAAGUUCACCUUGUUAAUAUUUGUGAAUAGAUGGUUUUAUACUUUUCUUAAACUUAUUAGGUGAUAAUUAAACUCAUACAAAUGAUAAAUAUUUUUC